AUGAGCACGCCAAGUGACCAAUUCGCCCAAAGGAAUGGCCGAACCAGACUGAAACGCGCCCCUGCCGGCAAGCCCACACACCCGAAUGACUCCAUGCACUGUCCGCUCUACUACGAGACAACUCAAAGGUCAUUCAAAAGCAGCAUCCGAAAUGUGAGCCAUCGAAAUAAGACGUCCACGUUGGAUGCGGUUGCAGACUCGAACAGCGGCUCCACCGAUAGAUGGACGAAUAAAAAAAUCAUUGCACCCCCUGAUGGAGAGAUCAAGAGGAUACUGCAGCAAGAGCCAUUUCAUAUGAUGAGCAGAAGGUGUGGAAGGAGGAUUCAUCCGGAGGUGGCAAGUGGAAACAUCUUCUCGAACCACAGCUCGAAGAAGACGAGCAGCUACAGCCUGAGCAACAACCCCUACAGGUGGGGAGUCGACGUGCUGAGGUACCCUCUGCCCCCACCGAACAGGAACUACAGACACGUGGAUAAUCUAUCGACCUGCCUCGUGCCCAACAAAAGCGCCGACACGUUCGUCCCCAAGAAGAGCCCGACCCAUUACGUGACUCAGCUGGAGAAAUCUCUUUGCCCCAAGGAAAGCGCCUCCAUCCAGGGCUCCAGCCGAAAGAUGAUUCGUUCCCACGAGUCCAACUUAGAGAUAAACUGCAUCCCCAAGGACCUCGAACGGAGCCAGACGAAAUCCGCCUGCACUUCCCGCCGGACCAACUUAAACGCCGACCUCACCCCCAUUGAGCACGUCGGAAGGAGACCCUUCCACGUAAACACCACCUGCAGGAACAAGCACUGUUCCGUUGCCUUCAACAUGGAGUUGUUUCCAUAG